AUGAAAUUCAGAGUACUAUUGAGCUUAGCAUUUGUGGUCUACGAAUCUGCAGCAUAUCCAUUUGGGAGCCAUUAUCCAUUACCUGAGGGUCAAGUGUCACAAACUUUUACGGACAACUUUAAUCCUGUGAAAAAUUUUGGAGGAAACGGACCAUAUUCAGAUGGUCGUGGUUUUGGAAUUAGCAGAGAUCCACCUGAAGGUUGCUCUGUGGAUCAAGUGAUAAUGUUACAUCGUCAUGGAGAGAGAUAUCCAGAUGUAGGUGUAUAUCAGACCAUUGAAAAGGCCAUUAACAAGCUAACAGCUUUUGAAGCCAACAAUACACUUGAAGGCGAUCUCGACUUUUUUAGUGAAUGGGAUUUUUGGAUUCAUAAUUCUGCUCUCAUCGCUCAGGAAACUACGACUGGUCCAUACGCUGGACUUUUGGAUGGAUAUUCUCAGGGUACCGAAUAUGCGGCCAGAUAUAAGAAUUUGUGGGAUGGUAAAACCAAAGUGCCAAUGUUUAGUAGUGGAUACCAAAGGAUCAUUGAAACUGCAAGAAAAUUCGGUGAAGGUUUCUUCGGUAGAAAUUACAGUGAGAUCGUUGAUAUGAACAUUAUCCCAGAGGAUGCGGCACAGGGAGCAAAUAGCUUAACACCAUCAUGCCACGCCCUUAAAACCAGUAAUGUUUGUGGAAAUCUCACCCAUAUUAUGCCUGAAUUUUCUGUCGCAGCGGAGAGAUUAAACAAACAAAAUCCUGGUCUAACCUUAAACUCCACUGAUGUCUAUGCUCUAAUGAUUACAGCUGCAUAUGAACUUAAUGCCAACCCAUAUUCUCCAUGGAUAGAUGUUUUCACACGUGAAGAAUGGAUUUCUUUUGGAUACACACAGGAUUUAAUAUACUAUUACUGUGAUGGUCCUGGUGAUGCUGCUUCCGUUGCUGCUGGAUCUCUUUACGCAAACGCCACAUUGACCUUAAUGAAUCAAGGACCUGAAAAAGCCGGUAAGCUUUAUUUUAGUUUUUGUCAUGAUGUAAAUAUCACUCCAGUUCUUGCUGCCAUCGGAUUAUUUACACCUAAAGAAGAUCUUCCAGUUGAUAGACUUCCAUUUACUUAUGAUUAUCAUAGUGGCGACUUUGUGCCAAUGGGAGGACAUCUCGUUUUUGAGCGCAUGACCUGUAAUCAGACUGCAAAUAAUGAAAAGGGUGUUUAUGUUAGAGCUGUUGUGAAUGAGGCAGUCAUCCCAUUCGAGGAAUGCAGUUCUGGUCCUGGAUUCUCUUGUUCGCUCUCAAACUAUACUACAUAUCUUAACUCCAAGCUUAAAGACUUCAAUGCUGUUUGUAAAACCCCAUCAUCAUAUCCUCAAGAAUUAACAUUCUUUUGGAACUACAAUGACACAAAUCAAUAUGAUUAUCAAAAUGGCCCUGUGUCAUACCAGUUGGGAUUAACCAAUGAGUGA